GCGUCAAUAUGGCGUCUGCUUCAGCUGGCAGUAAUCAUGUUGCCAGUUGCCAUCUAUUUUCCCGUUGAGGUUUGGAUAAUUGAUCCUUCCACCUUCUGGAGCCUGGUAUCCGACCGCAUCGACCGCGCCGGGCCUUGCUUCGUGAAGUUGGCGCAGUGGGCGGCAACUCGACGAGAUCUAUUUCCGGACAGCCUUUGCGCAGCCCUCGGGCGCAUGCACGAGUCUGUGUCAGCACCAUGGUCCACUGCCAUAGAGCCUUCGGAGGUAUGCAGCUCCCUCCGCAACGCGGAGUUGGACAUUCAAUCCUUGGAUUCCAGGCCCUAUGCGUCUGGGAGCAUGGCAGAGGUCUACUUUGGAAAGCUCCGGGAUGGCACGGAAGUUGCUGUCAAAUGCCUCAGGCCAGGCGUCAAGCGGCUGUUAGAAGCUGACUUGGCGCUGUUGCUGUGCUUUGGCAACUGGGCGGAGUCUCUCGAACCUCUACGGAUGCUUGGUUUGAAGAAGGCUGCGGAAGAGUUCUGCGAGCAUGUGCAAAUGCAGACGGACUUCCGCACGGAAGCUUCGCACUUGCAGCGAUUUCGCGAAAACUUCGAGGAGCUGGGGUCAAUCAGAUUUCCUUCGCCGCUUUACGCCUCGCAAGAGCUCCUCGUGCUGUCCCGGGAAAUGGGGCGGGAGCUCUCUCGCGUCUUCCGGGAUGCCAUGACGUUUGAUGGUCCAGAGGAGAAGCCAGAUAGUGAUCGCUUCGAGAGCCAUGCGGGGACAAUCAGAAGCAUCCUGGGCAUUCCGGAGGAAGUGAGCCAACGGAUCGCAUCCGACAGUUUGGCAGCAUACAUGCGGAUGAUCUUCAAAGACCACUUCAUCCAUGGAGACCUACAUCCCGGCAACGUUAUGCUGAAGCUGCAGUCUGGCGGCUCGAGCAGCAGCUCAGGGCAGGCGUCCGCGCAGACGGAGGAAGCCAGCUCGCUGAUUGGCAAGGCCUCCGACCACCUGAGCUCAGUCGUGAGCCGCGCACGGGGGCAGCCCUUCGAGCUCAUCAUUCUGGAUGCUGGUUUGGCCAUCCCUCUCCCGAGUGAAAAGGUUGAGGCGCUGCGCUCCCUAGCGCUGGCCAUAAUUUACGGUGAUUUCAAUCGAGCCGCCCAAAUUCUGUAUGACCAGAGUCCCGAUACCUCGAACUGCCAGGACCCGCAGGCUUUCAAGAGCGGACUGGCAAAGGCCUUCUGCGACUGCAGGAAGCAAGUCUACGAGGAUGGAUUCGUGCAGGUCAGCGAUGCCGUGCUGGAGUCGCUGCGGUUGGUUCGACAAUACAAUGUGGGCCUUGACACUACGCUGACAUGGACUUUGCUGGGAAUGCUCAGCAUCGAAGGCUCGGCACGACAGCUGGAUCCAGAGGUGGAUUGUGCCAGGGCUGCUACCAGGUACAUCCUGAAUAUGCCGAGUCUCAGAAAAGAGCUCCAAAGCCAAUCCUGGCACACUUCCAAGCACAUGUUCACAGAGAUGUUGCUAAACUGGUUCGGAAUUGACUACUGGGAAUGGCGCAAUUCCUGGUCAGCCAUUUCACCGUGGCAAAUGGGGAAGUCCUGA